GUCACCACCGGCGUCGCCAUGGAGAUGGCCCAGGCGUGCUGAGUGUGUGACGGGCAGAUCGCGCCUCUCAUCACCACCUCGUUUGGGCCUCUUCGUCGCCUACAGCCGCACUCCUCAUGGCGUCACGCGAGAAAAGGACCAAAGAAGACACUUGGAAAUCCGAAGACUUGAAGAACCAGCUAAAACAGGGUGUGCAUGCCGACAUGAAGGAGGCGGAGGAGGCUGAGCGCAGGAGGCGCAGGGAGCAGCGACGACAAGCAGAGGAGGGGAGAGGCGAGGAGAGGGUCCGAGGUGAAAGGGAUGGGGAGAGGAGGCGGCAGGGAGAAACCGCAGGAGACAAGAGCAGGGACAAGCGUCGGGAGAGGGACGAGGACCCUGCACGGCACAGCAACAGGGAGAGGUUAAAAGAGGGAGAACAAGAAAAAGGGAAGGAUAGAAGAGAGCGCCAGGAGCAGAGGGAAAGACACGAUCGUGUUGAAGAUAAACCAAAGAGAGACAAAGAGAAAGAGAGGAGGAGGGAGCGGGAGCAAGAGGCCGACGGGGCUACAGUGGGCAUUCAUGAGCGUAGAGACAAGAGAGAUAGGGAUGCUGGAAAAGAAGAGAGAGUGAAAGAGAGAGAGCGAGGUCAAGAUGGAGAGAAGGAGAAGAGGAGGGACAAGGAAAGGAUGUUGGGUGGAGACCGUGAUGCAGACAGACACAGGAGUAGCCGAAAGGAAGAAGAAACUUUGACAAAGAGAGAUGAGGGCAGUCGGAGGGAGAGAGGCAAGGGGACACUCGAUGGGUAUCAAGUGAGUGACAGAGAAGUCCGAGAAAAGGACAGAGAGAGGCACAGGAACCAUGAGACACACAGAGAUCGUGACGUGGAGAGGGAUGGAGGGAAAUUAGCAGAUCGAGAGAGGCACAAGGAUAAGGAGAGAGACCGAGAGAAACGCAGGGAGAGAGACAGGGACAAGGAGAGAGAAAUGGACACAAGGAGAGACAAAGAAGGGGACAAGGAACGAGACAAGGAGAGAGACAGGCACAGAGAGAGAGAGAAAUAUCGAGACAGAGAGGGACACAGAGAUAGAGAUAAAGAGAGAGAUGCAGAAAGAAACCGAGACAAAGACAAGGAUAAACACACAAAGAGAGAAAGGGACAAGCGAAGCGUCAGCGAGAAAGACGAAGAAAGAGACAAGGAGAGGGACAGAGAAAGGCAUAAAGAACGAGACAGAGACAAAGGUCGGGAGAGGGAGCGAAAGGAGGGGAGAGACAGGGAUGUGGAGCGGGACAGAGAUGAUCACACGCGUCGUGCUGAGAACAGGGACAAAAGAAGGGUGAGGUAUGCGGAGGCGGAAGGGAGUGCGGGAAGGAGACACAGGGACAGCACUGCAACCACAGGUGGCGGAGGAGGAUCUGCCCUGGGAGCCGACUCCACAGGCCUGGGGAGGCCCUCACAGCCUGGAGCCGCCGGUGCAAUCCGGCCUUCAUCUCCGCAGGAUGACGCAGCAGCGGAGUACGAGGACGACUUUGAGGAUUAUGAUGAUGACUUUGAGGAUGAGGAGGGCAGUGCUGAGGAGAAGGUGGUGGAGGUGAAGGCCUCGAGGGAGGUCAGCGAAGGUCACCCGGGCUCCAAUCGCGAGCUUGAGGCCGUGCGCCGGGCCAUCGCCGCUGAGAAUGAGCGCGUUGCAUCCUGGAGCCCAGGGGAUGAGGUGCCCCCAGCAGCUGCAGAGCUCCAGAGUGCGAGAGCAAGCAGGAGCGGCAGCGGGAAGACGUUUAUUGACUUCACGGGGGCCGGGGAGCGCACUGCUACUCGGAAGGUGGUGGCCAAACAGCGCAAGCGUGGCCUGGAGGUGCUACGCAUGAUUCAGCUGGACACCGUGACUUUUGACCUGCUGGACAUGCCCCCAGUUAGCGAAUACGACGCCUAUAUUUCAGCCUACGGUCGUUCCAACACCAAGCAGGCGUAUGUCCAGUGCGGCGAGGACAAUGUGGAGCGAGAGGUGCAGACGGAGGAGAUUGAGACGGAGGAGAAGUGGAGCCAGCACCCAGGGGAAGGCCCCACUGUGUGUGCAGGCCCAGCGGACGAUGCUCGCGGAUGGCGUGGGAACAAGGGAGGAGCAGCAGCCGACGCGCAACGCCUCCAGCGCUUCCUGGCCUCCGCCUUCCAGGUGGUGUCUGUGCUGCUGGAGGAGGAGUGGACAGAGAAGGAAGCCUCAAGGAAUGUCGAGACACGCACCAGCAGCCUCGCAGUCGGGAGCAGCUUCUACCCUCUACACACGGACCUCCCGUUUUUGCACGGCCGCACUGUGUCGAGGUUGCACGUCUCUGAAGUGCAGAGGCACAUGCUGCUGAGCGUCCAUCCUCCCGGGCCGAGCGGGGCGCAGGUGGACGCCGUGCUCGCCCGCUGUGUGGUACUGUGCGUCUGGGACCUCAGGCAGCCAUCUCAACCACAGAGGGUGCUGCUCAGUGAGCCAGAGGUUUCCUGCUGCUGCUUUGGGCUGGAUCGCGCCGGGCUGCUGUUUGCAGGGACGGAGGCGGGUGGCCUGCUGCUGUGGGACCCGCGGGAGCCACCCGCCCUGCACCGCGCACUGCGGGACGGCGGCGAGCACGUCUGGCCGCUGCGCCUGCCCACUUACUCGACAGUGAGUGCGGCUUCGGGCACAGGGCACUCGACGCCAGUGCGUGCCGUGGAGCCAGUGCCGACACCAUCCGUUCACCUAUCUGCACGCUCACCCACAGAACGUUCUGGCUUGUCAUACCAGCUGGCCUCCCUGGAGGAGGGAGGCGUCAUGAACCUGUGGGUGGUGUUGGAGAUGCCCACAGCAGAUGCGGCUGGCUCCCUGAGCGACCUAGGACUGAUGCCGGGUGGCCGAGUCAAGCUACUCCACAGCUCCAGGAUACAGCUGCAUCCAACGCUGUUUGGGAAGAGCCGUGCUCCUGUGGUGCAGCCCGUAACGUUGGGCCUGCACUUUCUUCCGUGCGACCCUGCCCACUACCUCAUCAUUACGGACACGGCGUACGUGCUCCGUUGUGCGCGCCCCGGGUACCGCUCCUCCAACCGCUGCUACCAUCCCAGCCCUGGCGCCGGCUGCCCACUCUCCCGGCACGCGAGCACCUGCUCCAUCUCUCCCUUCGGGCUGCCCCUGUUCCUCAUGGGCAGCGGCGACGGUGGGAUACGCCUGCACUCGCUCGGGCACGAGGAGCCCCUGGAGAGCUGGCCUGGGGAGCAGGAGGGCCUCGCGGAGAGCCGGGCCCCCCGUGCCGUGCAGUGGUCGCUGUCGCGCCCGGCCGUGUUCUUCGUGCUGGACGGCGCGGGGCAGGUCCGAUCGUGGGACCUCCUGCGGAGCCGCGGCGGGGCGCUCAGCUUGGAGAAGCCGACACGUGGGGUGGUGGCGAUGGCUGCGUUUGGAGACCCGGAGAAGCCAGGCCUCCCAUCGGGCCUGGUCCUUGCCAAGGAAGGUGGAGCUGUCGAGGUUCAUCAGCUGUCUUCCAAAUUGUCCACCCCGGACGAGGAUGAGGUAUCCCGGCUGGAGACGCUGCUCCAUCAGCCGGCGGCAUAGGUCACCUCCGGCCUCAGGGAGUGAUCUUCUUGUAGCACCGGCGGUGUUACCACCCCUGGCUGUGUGUGCCACUGUUCAUCGUAACGUGCGAGACAAUCGGUGCUGCAGCAGCAGCAGUAGCAGCACUGCCCCUUUAGAGAUGCUGGGAUGCAGUGAGGCUCAGAGCAAGGAGAUUAUAGAUCAGGACUUUAUACUGUACAUGCAAUGGUAAAUCACUUUAGAAAUACCUCCUCCUCUACAAAAUGUUUUUUUUUUUACUAGUUAUCCCUAAAACAUAUUCAUAGGUUUCAAACGAUA